GUGUGCUUAAAAGGAUUCGCACGAAUUGCUGAAAUUUCGGGUUAAGCAGUAUUAUUUUCUUCAAAAGACGGGAGUAUUUAGAAACAUUUGUUCCGUCCCCUUAUUGGAUUUUGAGGUCAUGUAUUGAAGCCAAUAAUUUUUUAAGGAAACAACGAUACAAGGAGACAAUGGGGGUUCAUAUGAACGCGGGGUGCUUUAGAAGGUAUGUCUCGAGUGUUGUCUUAUUCUCUGCAAUGAUUCACACAUCGUUUACUGUAACUCACUAUUCUAUACCUGAAGAGAUGGAAGAAGGAUCCGUGGUGGCAAAUCUCGCCACCGAUUUAGGGCUGGAUUUAGAUACAUUGAUUAAACGUAAAGUGCGACUAGAUGUUAUCGCUAAUAAGAAAUAUCUCGAUAUAAACAAAGAAAAGGGGGAGCUCUACAUAUUAGAAAAGAUUGAUCGUGAACAGCUUUGUCCAGCUAAAACAACAUGUUUUUUAAAAAUGGAAGUGAUUGUGGAAAAUCCUGUGCGCAUAUUUUACAUAGAAUUAGAAAUAACUGAUAUUAAUGACAAUAAUCCUCAUUUCCGACGUGACACUAUUCAUUUGGACAUUUUGGAAUCGACGCCAGCAGGUGAAAGAUUUUCUGUCAGCAAUGCGGUGGAUUCUGAUGUUGGAUCUAAUUCGGUUAAAACAUAUUAUCUAAGUGAAAGCGAUCACUUUGGAAUAGAGAUACAGUCGGGCAGAGACGGCUCUAAAUUUGCUGAUUUAAUUCUGAAAAAGUCUUUAGACCGUGAGGUUCAAGCUGUCCAUAAUCUGAUUCUUACUGCUGUGGAUGGCGGAGUUCCUACGCGCUCUGGUACAGCCAACAUCGUUGUUAGAGUGCAGGAUACAAACGACAACGCACCCAAGUUUGAUCGGGAAAGCUAUACAAUUAAUGUCACAGAGAACUCCCCUAUAGGAAGCCUUGUCGUUAAAUUAAAUGCAACUGACUUAGAUGAAGGCUCUAACUCAGAUAUAGCAUACUCUUUCGGCCUAUACACUUCGGAAAAAGCUCAAGAAGCUUUUAGUAUAAGUCCAAACACUGGUGAGAUAAGAGUUAAAGAAACGAUUAAUUAUGAGGAUUUCCGAAUUUAUAACAUGGAGAUUAUAGCAAAGGAUAAAGGUACUAAUUCAUUAUCAGGACAAUGUAAAAUAACCAUUAUGAUUACAGACAUGAAUGACAAUCAUCCAGAAAUUUCAGUGAGAUCUUUUUCAAAUCCGGUUAAAGAAGACAUCGCUGUAGGCACAGUUAUUGCAGUAAUUAGUGUGAGUGACAAAGACUCGGGUGAAAAUGGCCAAAUUGAUGUUCAUAUACCUGAAAAUUUACCUUUUGCACUAAAAGAAUCAUCCGAGAAUUAUUACGAGCUCGAGGUAUCCGAACCACUGGACCGUGAAAAAGUAGCAGAAUAUGACAUCACAUUUACCGUUACUGACCGAGGAAACCCUCCGUUAUCUGAUAACGAAACGGUAACUCUAGAAUUGUUGGACGUUAAUGACAAUGUGCCACAGUUUCCACAGUCAUUUUAUACCAUACAGGUUGUGGAAAAUAAUCCACCCGGAGCUUUACUGAGUUCCCUCACCGCUCAUGACCCAGAUCUCCAUGAAAACCAGUAUCUAGUUUAUUUCAUAAUAGAAAAAGAAAUAGUAAAUACGUCUAUGUCCAUGCUGUUUUCUAUUAAUCCAGAGAACGGUAAUCUUUAUGCAUUAAAGACGUUUGACUAUGAGAUAGAGAAGGAGUUUUUUUUCCAUAUUGAAGCUAGGGACUCUGGGGUUCCUCCUCUCAGCAGUAACGUAACUGUUCACAUUAUUAUAAUGGACCAGAAUGACAAUACUCCAGUUAUAGUGUCUCCAUGGAGCGCGCAUGGCUCAGUGGUUGAGGAAAAAAUACCGAGAUCCACCGAUAAAGGAACUCUGAUAGCCAAAGUAAUUGCUAUAGACACAGAUUCGGUGCACAACUCUCGGAUUAUUUAUCAAUUUCUUCAGAACACUGAUGCUACAUUAUUCAGUUUGGACCAGUACAAUGGAGAGAUCCGGACCACGAGAAUGUUUAGUUACAGAGACUCACGCCACCAGCGGCUGGUGGUGAUCGCCAAGGAUAACGGAGAGCCCUCUCUCUCUGCUACAGUCACCAUCAAACUGUCCACAGUGGAGACUGCACUGAAAAGCUAUGCUGACAUGACUGAAAUGCCUUUAGAAUAUGACAUCUUUUCAGAUUUAAACCUGUAUCUGGUAAUUGGACUGGGUUCAGUGUCAUUCCUGUUACUGAUCACUAUAUUGGUGACCAUCGUACUGAAAUGUCAGAAACCGAAGGCCAGUAAAGGUGCUCCUCCCUGUAGGAACAGUGUGAUCAGUGAGAGAAACUCUACAAUCGCAGAUUCCACUUUGGUCUCCAACGAUGCCUACUGGUACAGUUUAUUUCUAGCAGAGACCAGAAAAGGAAAACUGGUAGUUAGACAACCUGUGCCAAAGGGGUCAAGAUACAUUGUGUCCAGUAUACCGAGGAGCACAGGACUGACUGAGACUAGUGACUCAGCCGCAUCAACUCUACAGUGGCGCUGUACUCCAGAAAAACAAAUGGACCAUCCACUAGGCGUGCAUACCAGUCGCCAUCACAGAUGA